AUGGGGCUCUGCCUGUCCAGCGGCAGCGCGCCGGCGGCGGUUCGGGCAAAGGGGCAGCUUGCCUGGACGGCUGGCCAGGUGCUGCUUCCAACGGGGGAGCUGCGGGAGUACCCGCGCCCGGCCACAGCGGGCCAGGUGCUCGACGACUCGGUGGCUGGGGACGCCGGUUGGUUCCUGUGCGACGCCGACGAGAUGGGGUUCGAUGGCCCCGUGGCCGCCGUGGCCGAGGCCGAGGAGCUCCGCCCGGGGCAGAUAUACUUCGUUCUCCCCGCUGAGGCUCUACGGAACGGCCUGCGGCCCGAGGACCUCGCCGCUCUCGCCGUCAGGGCGUCCGCGGCGCUCAUUAAUAAGGCCAACACCGCAGCAUCCUCUGCCACCGCUGGUCGACGGAGGCGCGCUGGCUCCGUGGCGCCGCUCGUUUUCGCUCCUCCCCAGGAGGUGAACGAGACCGUCGCUUACAAGACCGUGCCGGCGCUGGCGACGAAGCGGCGGCCGGUGGCGCGUGCGAAGAGUGCCGGGAGGAUGCAAUCGCGCUUCGCACCCGAUCUGACCGCCAUUCCCGAGUGCGAGUGA